AUGGAACCUCUGAGUCUGCUAUUACAGAGCCCCUCGUCUCUCCAGAGCGGCGGCUUUCUGUGGGUCGAUGCCAUCGAGCUGAACAGCAGCCAUGACACUGGCAGCGGCCCGUCGCUCUCCUGCCAGCACGCUGCAGACCCGAGCGGCUUUCAUCUCUCUCUUUGUAAGAGGCUCAGCAGGAACCACAGCUCUUACCUGAUCUUCACUGAACUCAGAAUCACUUUCUGGGCCACCGGAGCUCAUUCCUGUGAGCGUGUGCAGAAGGUGAAGAAGACAAGUAUGGAGCUCCUGCAGCUGCAGGAUUUAGAGGACUUUUUAUGUGGCAAAGGGGCAGUUGCAGGGAUUCAGAGGGAACAGUGGAGGAGGGUUGGAGCUGCUCUGGAGUAUCUGCUGGUCCGGGUGGUGGACUCGGGUGAGGGCGUGGUGGCACUCGGCAGCGCUCCGCUGGUCGUUCCCCAGUUCUACGGUUUAUCCAACGCCAUCAACGGCUCGGUGCUGAAUAUCAGGGCCGCGCCUGACCUUGUCUGCACCGUCAGGCUGUUGACCGCAGACACCAGCGUCCCCGCUGCGGGUCGGCUGGUGAGGGAGGAAGACUCCACGCAGAGGAAGGGUCGACAGGCGACGCUCUGCCCGGGAAACAGUCCGUGUCUUCACGACACCACCGAGGUCCGCUUCCUCAAAACCAGCUGCCAUGAAUUCCUGAGCUCUGGCCUCAAGUACCAGCACCUCAGCCCGCCGUCCCCGGAGAUCGACUACGUCCCCGUCCGGGUGGAGCUGAGAGAGCAGGCGAGCAGAGCACUGCUGGAGUCACAGGCCGUGUGGCUGCCGGUUUUGAUCCACGGGGCCAUGCAGAACCAGCCCCCGCAGGCUACCUUCAUGGCCUCUUUCAUCCUGGAGGUGGACCAGUUCAUCCUCACCCCGCUCACCACUGCCACGCUGGACGCCAAGGACCACGAGACUCCGCAGGAGAAGCUGGUCUUCAACGUGACCGUCCCACCCGCCGAGGGCUACAUCACACACCUGGACGACCACACCAAGCCCAUCCGGUCCUUCACAUGGCUGGACCUUCACGAGAUGAAAGUGGCCUACCAGCCAUCCAACAGCAGCCGGGGGCGCCGCAGGAACUAUGAGGUGGAGUUUCAGGUGAUAGACGGCUCCUAUCUGACCAGCCCACCGAUCGUGGUCCACGUCUCCAUCAGGACAUCGGAAACAAAUGCUCCGAGAGUCUCCUGGAACGUGGGUCUAGACCUGUUGGAGGGUCAGUCCCGACCAAUCACCUGGGAGCAGCUGCAGAUAGUCGACAGCGACAACAUUGACGCCGUUUACCUGGUGGCCGUGGACGGACCCGUGCACGGGCGGCUCAGUGUCAGAGGUCUAGACCUGUUGGAGGGUCAGUCCCGACCAAUCACCUGGGAGCAGCUGCAGAUAGUCGACAGCGACAACAUUGACGCCGUUUACCUGGUGGCCGUGGACGGACCCGUGCACGGGCGGCUCAGUGUCAGAGGGAGACAGGAAGCCCCGUCCUGGCAGCCGGGCAGCCGCCGGGAAGGACGCCAUGUUGUAGCCCACCGGUUUUCGCAGCGCAGACCGAGCCAGCGCCUCGCUGUGCCUCCAGGCGCCAACACAAACUUGUUAUUUCCAAGUGACAAUGGGAGGAAAGCAGCGCACGUGCUGGAGACGACGGUGGUGGUGCACGUGUUCCCGGUGGAGGACCAGGUGCCAGUCGAAGUUCCCGGCAGCGUCCGCUCGCUGACAGUGAAGGAGACGGAGGUGGUUUACAUCACCCAGGCUCACCUUCACUUCACAGACCGAGAGCACCCAGAUGCUGACCUCACCUAUGUCAUUACACAGCCCUGCUUCAGCUCGCUACAUCCUGGCCUGAUGGAUGCAGGACGUCUGUUCUACACCGACAGCACCAACGCCAUGAAGAAGGACCACACAGCGCCCGUGCUGAAGUCCUUCACUCAGCAUGCUGUGAACCACAUGAAGGUGGCCUUCAUGCCGCCGGUCGAGGACAUCGGGCCCGAGUCGCUCUUCGUCCAGUUCAUCUUCUCAGUCAGCGAUCACCACGGCGACACCGUCUCCGGCCUCAUCUUCAACAUCACGGUUACCCCUGUCGAUGACCAGGCGCCAGAGGCUUUCACCAACCUGCUGCGGGUGGAGGAGGGCGGCGCGGCCUUCGUGACGGAGGAGCAUCUCCUGGUCCGGGACCGGGACAGUCGAGAGGAGGCACUGAGGGUGGAGGUUCGGAGCACGGCUCGUCACGGCCGGCUGGAGCUGCGGGGCCGAGCGCUGCAGCAGGGAGGCGGGUUUACCCUGCAGGAACUGAGAGGGCUGGGCGUCAGGUACAUCCACGAUGACUCUGAGACCACCGAGGAUGUCGUUGGUCUCAAGGUGUCGGACGGUCUGAACUCGGUGGACGUCGUUCUGCACGUUCAGGUGCUGCCGAUGAACGACGAGCCUCCUCAGCUGGGCACGCGUCUGCAAGGGGGGCUGAGCUGCGAGGAAGGGGGGCGUGUCCAGGUGACAGUGGACUACCUGUCGGCCACCGACCGGGACAGCGACGACUCCGCGCUGACCUACAUGCUCGCCCGGAUACCGAGCAGGGGAGAGCUGCAGCGAGCCGGAGUGACUGUGGACAAGUUCUCCCAGCAGGACGUCCUGCAGGGUCACAUCUACUAUGCCCACACAGGCGGGGAGAUCGGACCUGAGCCGGUGUUUGACACGGUCACCCUCAUCAUCUCCGACAGUGAGGCCAGAGGGCCGGAUAGCUGCUGCCACGGGGAAGCCCCGCCCCCUCCUGUUCCUCUCCAUGGUACACUUCCUGUUUACGAUCUGAACAUCACAGUUCUUCCUGUCAACGAUAAAGUCCCUGCCGUCACUCUGGGCGAGUCCAUGCUGGUGGUGGAUGAAGGCUCUUCUAUCUGUCUGUGCGGGGGGGUCCUCGGAGCGUCAGACCCAGACAGUCCCCCUGAGCAGCUCGUCUUUCACCUGGAGACUCCUCCCCUUCACGGCUUCCUGGAGAACACGCAGCCGAUGCCCGGCUCCGAGAAGAGCAACGCGGGAGUGCGAGUCGAAUCCUUCACUCUCACACACCUGACCUCUGGCUUUAUCAACUACGUGCAAUCGGAGCACAAAGGGGUGGAGCCAACUGUCGACCAGCUGUCCAUCAGUGUGAGCGACGGGCUGCAUCGCUCCGCCCCUGUCCCCUUCUACAUCAUCAUCAAACCAACCAAUGACGAAACACCGUCGCUGCUGCUCGCCAACUUCACCGUAAAAGAGGGCGGGAUGAGGGAGCUAAUUCCAUCCAUACUGGAUGGUUUUGACUUGGACGCCCCACCUGACCUGCUCACCUUCACCGUGGUGCAGCCGCCGGCUCACGGCAGCCUGAUUAACAGCAUCCACGGCACGGAGGCGGGAGCUGACCUCCUGCACAGGAGCCUCUCUGUCACCUCUUUCACUCUGCAAGAGCUCCGACAAGGCAUGAGGAUCGUCUACAUGCACGAUGACACAGAAACCCUGAAGGACGCCGUGGCUCUGCGGCUGACAGAUGGUGUCCAUGCAGUCGAGGGAACAGUUCAGGUCACCGUGCUGCUGGUCAACGACGAGAAACCACGACUGCUCAAGAAUGCUGGACUGCAGGUGGACUCAGGUGAGCUCAGGGUGAUCUCCAGUGUGGUUCUGGAGGCUGAGGACCUGGACACGCCCCCAGAACAGGUGUACUACUUCCUUAAUGUUGCUCCACGGUUUGGAAAACUGCAGCUGAAGACGACGUCAGGGUGGAACGAGCUGACGGCGGGUCAGAACUUCACACAGGGCGACGUGGAGAUGAACCGACUGUGGUACCAACACACCGCCGCCACCAACGCAGCCGGCUUUAAAGGUCACGACAGCUUCCGCUUCACCCUCAGCGACCUGGACAACGAGUCUCCGGCUCAGAUCUUCUUCAUCUCUGUGCACGUGGUGCAGAAAGGGGACGUCGUGGUGCUGAGCAGGCCGGUGCACCUGAGGGAGGGGCAGCGUGUCGUCCUGAACACUGACAUCCUGCUGGCAUCAGACUCGACUGGCCGGCCCGAGGAGCUGGUCUACACGGUGUCUGACCCGCCGCGUCACGGCCUCGUCCACGCCGUCCACAGGCCUGGAGUCCCGCUACUCAGCUUCACCCAGCUGGACGUGGCCGCGCACCGAGUCUGCUACACCCACGACAACAGCCAUGAUGCCGAGGCUGACUCCUUCAGUUUUGUUGUUACAAACGGUGACUCGUCUCGCAGCUCCACCCUCCACUUCACCAUCGAGCAUGGUGACCGCAUCCCGCCCACCCUCAGCCGCAACGUUGGCCUCCGGCUGCAGGAUGGCUCCACAGUGACCAUCACUUCGGACCAGCUGCAGCUCACCGACCCCGACACUACCACCGCCAACCUGGGAUACGUCAUCACGCAGCUGCCGCAGCGCGGGAAGCUGCUGCUGAGAGGCACGCCGCUGCCCUCGCCGCCCCGAUUCUCCCAGACGGACGUGGACGACCUCCACCUGACCUACCAACACGACCCGAGCACCCCUGCGAAGAUCGACGGGUUCUACUUUAUGCCGGGCGACGGACACAACAGGGGCUACCUGGAGUUUGGGCAGCUGAGGGAGGAGCCUGCUGUGUUUGACAUACAGGUGGAUUGGGUCGACCGGACGCCUCCCACUCUGACCACCAGGGGGAGUCCCAGCACCGUGGUAGAUCUGGGCGGCGGCCGUUACGGAAUCCUCAUCACCAGCAGAGAGCUGCAGGCCUCAGACCCUGACAGCCCCACAGAGGAGCUCGAGUUCUCCAUCAGCAGACCUCCACACUUAGGAUACCUGGAGAACGCCGCCACAGGGUCGUACAUCAAAGGUCGUUUCACGCAGCGCGACGUGGAUCGGCGAGCCGUGAUGUUCGUCCUCCCCGCUGACGUGGAAGUGACGUCUGACAGCUUCCUGUUUGUCCUCAGAGAUCCUGCAGGAAACAGCGCGUUGCCUCAGACGCUGGAGCUGUCCUGGUCUCGAGUGGAGCUGUCGGCGACCUGCUACAGAACCUGUGAGACGGCCGGGACACUUCAGAUCCACGUGCAGCGCAGCGGGAGGAGCGCUGACCCUGCCUACGUCGCCAUCCAGCCUACUCCUCCCCCUCUCCCUCCUCAGCUCCCUGAUCCUCUGCAGCCAGAGGAGGAAGAGGAGGUUCCGGUCAUCAAUAUAGAGGCGGAGCUGCUGUGGGAGAACCAGCCUCACCCGCCUCGAGGAGACGUCCCAAAUCGACACCACCUGGACUACAAAGAGGUGGAGCCACGAGACCCAGAGCCCCACAGCAAUGGCUACACCCCCCACAGCAGCCACCUAAACAUUCAGCAGCACACUGGAAGCAGUACUGGGAACACUGGGAGCACGGUCCGUCUGUCUGCACAGAGGGGGCCUGAGGACGAGCAGGAGAAGGUUUGGACGUUCCACAGUCUGACUCCUCUCCGGCUGGAGGAGCUGCAACCGGGCGAUGUUGAGUGGAGCUGGUCAGCUCACGGUCGCCCCCUGCAGGAACUCCAAGUUGGAGAUUCUCCUCAGAUGGCUCAUCAAGCUCAGAAACACCAGCUUGAGCUCCGCCAGCACAAGGUGGGGAAGUCUGUGAGCAGCUCAUGUCCUGAUGGCUGGACGCACCACAGGAGACGAUGUUACAUCCUCAGCCCAUCCGUGGCGAGCUGGGCCAGCGCCGACAGAACCUGCUCGCUGCUGUUUAACAGCAGCCUGACUGACGUGCACUCCAGGAGAGACGUGAGCUGGCUCUGGAGGUUUGCAGGGAAGAAGCCAUUUUGGAUCGGUCUGUCUGGAGGUCCAGGACGCUCAUCGUGGGCUGACAGUCGCUCGCUGUCUUCCUCCAGACUGAGGGGGGCGCCGGUGAGCCCCAGUGAGCCCGAGAACGACUCCAACUGCGUGCUCGUUCAAAACCCGAGAAGCUGGAUCUCCACGAGCUGCUCUGCAGAAACUCAGCACUCAUUCAUCUGUUCAUCGCCAGCUCAAACUCACUGAGACAUUCAUAGCCAGUGGCCUUCAUAUUUAACGUGAUGAGGUGAUGCUGCUCUGUACAUUAGUUUCAUACUUUGUCUUAAUAAAGCUGCUGCACAAACACAAA